AGUCACGAGCUCUCAGUUCGCGCAGAGCCGCCGUUUAGUGAAGAUGUGUUGUGUCGUUCAUCAUUUAUUUUAGUGAAAGAAAACGGAGAGAAAUUAAGGCUGCAGUGUAUCUUAUCGUCAUUUACAUCCGUCACCUGUGCCUUAACAAUAUUUCCAGGCAAAUUAAGCGGCUGACAAAUGAACGCACAUCAUGACAUCUCGUAAAAACUUGACCGUUAUAUUAACGAUAAUAUUUGGAAUUUUCACAAUUAACAUACAUGCUAGAUCUUGGGAUUUAGCAGUAUUGAUAGGGCGUGAAAUUGAAUUUCUUGCGCAAAAUCAAACAUUAAUAGCGCAAGCAAAAUUUAUGGAUGCUGUGGCUCUAUCAGGGGUGGCUUAUGAUGAAAAUACUCGAACAAUGUUUCUCAGCGAUUUGAGAAAUAAGAACAACAUGUCCAUAUUUAGUAAUAAUCUGACAGACAAGAAUUUUACGUUAAAACCGCUACAUAAAAAUCAAAAUAAGAGUCUCAUUCUAACACUUGCUUUCGAUGUAGAAACGCAAACUCUAUUUUGGAGUGAUAUUCUACAAGAAGUGAUUAUGAAGAUGCAUAUAUUACCCGAUGGAUCAUUGGAGGAAGCAAAAGUGCUCCACAAUUUAACCAGCUUAAAUCCGUGUGGUAUCGCUCUGGAUGUGUGUAACAGGCACAUAUACUGGACAAAUAAUAAUAAUUCAUAUUCAAGUAUCGAACGAUCAAAUUUAGAUGGAAGCAAUCAAACAACCAUAAUCAAUGAAAAUUUGUAUGAUCCGUUAGCUAUCGCUAUAGAUCAUAUCAACGAGAAACUUUAUUGGAUCGAUGAUAUUGAAGGUAUACGAAUUAAAAUCGAGCGUAGUAAUCUCGAUGGUUCUGAACGUGAAUAUUUGAUUCAACCUAAACGCCAUCAACCAGUUCAUUUAGCAUUAGAUAAUGAUUCGAUAUAUUGGAAUGACAUCACGGAAAGAGCUAUUUGGAGAAUGCCAAAAGACGGGAAAAAUGAAAGUUCAAUGAUUAAGUUUCGUUCGUAUCAUGAGUCGCAUCCUGGUAUUGCACCAAGUGGGAUUUUAACGCGUGAUAAUGUUGGCAAAAUAGAUUGCAAAAAAAGAUUAAAAAUUAGCACGACGAAUGUAAUACCGCUUCGUGAAUCAUCUAAUAAUUUAACAACUAGUACAGAAGAAAUGAACGAGAUGACUACUGAAACGAUCAAAUACUGUCUGAAUAAUGGUCUUAUGAACGAAAAAGAAGGAACAUGCCAAUGUAAAUCUGGAUUCACUGGAGCACAUUGCGAGACGGAUUUUUGUCAUAAUUAUUGUUUACAAGGCAGCUGCAGUAUAAAUAUUAAUGGGUUACCCAUUUGUAAGUGCAAUAGUACAUUUAUUGGACCAAGAUGUGAAACAGAUCCAUGCAAAGACUAUUGUUUGCAUGAUGGUCAGUGUUCCGUCCUAAAUGAGAAACCAGUUUGUAAGUGUAAAUAUUCUGAAGGAUCUCGUUGUGAGAUUUUAAACAAUGUAAUUGAAUUUUGUGAAAUAUUUUGUGCAAACAUGGAACCAGUUCCUACUAGCGUUUCUCUUAACGCUAAGUGCAGAUGUGCUGAAAGAAAUGAAAAAGGUGCACAAUUAGUGACAUUUAAAGAAGAAGAAGACGAAUAUAGAACAUUAUUACCAAUUUUUGGUGCAUUCAUUGGCAUACUUGCUCUCGUGAUAAUCGUACUUAGUUAUUAUGUAAAUAAGUUCCGAAAACGACCACGUAUCAAAAAACGUUUCGUCGUCAGCAAAGGCGGUGUGACACCGCUCACAUCUCGACCACAGCUGCCGGAUAAUCAAUGUGAAAUAACUAUAGAAAACUGCUGCAACAUGAAUAUCUGUGAAACUCCAUGUUUCGAACCAAAAUUAUGUGCAACGGCGCCGGGAACAAAUGGUUCUAAGAAAGAAGAAAAAAAUUCUUUGCUCGAUAAUAUGGAAGAAAAUUCAUGGUAGCAUAAACUAAUAACUCGACGUGUUGAUUGGCGAAGAUUUUGUGGAGUUAAUAAAAAAUUCAUGGAAAGUUUAACUUCGCAGAACUACACGUCUGUACAUACCGCAGAACGUUGUAGUAUUAUUGUUAUAUUUAAUAACAAUGCUUAUGAAAUACAAGAACAUCAUGAUGAUGAUACAGUCAAAAGAAGAAAGCCAAAGGUCUUUUUCGAAGACUCUUAAUUUUUAUUACAUUAAAUAACAUGUAGGGCUGUGUUCAUAUAAAGAUGAUUUCAUCUAAUUAUUAAAAGAAUUAUCAAUUUUUUUUAAAAAUAUGCAAUUAUAUAUUUUUCAUAAAAUAAACAAAAAUCUUAAGUUCCAUGACAUUUUUGAAAUGUCUUGGUAUAAGUAAUAGAUAUAUAUAUAUAAAAUUUAUACAAAUUUUAUAUAAUACUUUGUUAGUAAUAUUUCCUAAUUUAUUCCUUGUUUAUUUUUAUUCAUUUUUUGAAACUAUUUCAAUAGUAAGAAAAUAUAUAUUAAAAUAAAUAAUAUCCUAUUUUUAAUUCUAUUAUUAAUUCUGAGUGCAACUAAAGGGUACAUAAAAUAUGCCUUAAUUGCUAGGCUUAGUGAUUGCUCAACGUAUUAUUAAUAAUGAGUACAAUUUUAAAAAAAAUCUUAGAUUACAAAACUAUUAUGAACAUUAUGUUAUAUAUUUUGUUUAAAACAAAAAAAUGAAUAUUUCAAAUUAAAAAUAUCAUUGAACUUUAUUCUUAAAUAUUAAAUUAAAUUAUGUUAUAUUAUAUUAUUUCUUAUUUCAUUUAUAUUUUUUUUUAUAAAUAAUUUUGGAUCAAAGAAGAAUAUUGAUAAAAAUUUUUUGUAUUUACGAGAGAAUUUUAGGAAAAUAAUGUAAUUUGGAUGACUUUAGAAAAUUUUAAAAUUUUAAAAAUUAAUGAAUCAGUUAUUUCGUUUUUUGAGCGAUUAAGGUUGUUUAUAUAAAGAUUUUAUAACAUUGUUUUGGAUAUUAUGCAAAUUCUUAUACAUGAUAAAUAACAGAAAAUCUAUAAUCCAUUUCUAUAAGUUAUUUACAAUUUUAAAUAAUAAUAAAAACAUUAUGUAAAUUAAUGGACGUUUAUAUAUCCAUAGAAAGUACAACAAACGUGCUGAAAUUCGUUUGCAGACUGAAAGAUUUUACAUAAUCUCUUGGUUUUUGAAAUAGAGUACAAAUUGUUAUAUAUUUAAGUAAAAGUAACUAACUUAUACAAAAUACAAUAAAACAGGAGAAAUCUGUUUAAAAUUAUUAUAUUGUAUUUUCUGUUUUAUUGCUUCCAAAAAACUAAAAUCAAAUUGUACUUUCUAUCGCUCUCUUUGUACUUAAAUUAUACAAUUAUUUACGAAUGAUAGCUAGCAUUUUAUAAUGUGUAGCUAAUUAAAACAUAAAUUUAAAUUUAUACCAAAGAGAGGAGAGAGAAAGAGAGAGUGAGAGAGUGAGAGAAAGAGAUUCUGUAUAAAAUUAUCAAUAUUAAGUAUAAUAGUAUAAUUUCGAAAUAUUAUCUUAAAAUAAUAUGAUUAAGUUUCUAGAAUUUCACAUAUAUAAUAAUAAUAGUAGCAUACUGAUAGCAGUAUGUCUUUUUUGCACCAAAUGAAAUUGUAUUAAAUAAGUAGAUGAAACAGAAAGGCAAUUAUUGCAUGGCAGUAAUUUUUACAGACAUAAAAGAUGUAAUACAGCUAUGAGCUAUUUUAAAUUCGGUUAUAAACAUGAAAUACUAAUAUUAUGAUAAAUAUAAAUAAUUCAUUAUUUGUUUUCAAUAUGUACUUCUAUUUUAUGAGAAGUAAUGUUCCUGCUGUUGUAGAAGCAAAGGACAUGACGAUUUAUUUUGUUCCUAUAUAUCAUAUAAUUAAUAAUAUAAUUUAAAGACCAUUGUCCUUUACAGUGUCAUUUUUUUAUAUUAUUAAUAAUUAUAAUUAUAUAAUAAUUUAGUAAUCAAUUUUAUAUAAAAUAUUUGUAUCAUUUGUUAAAUUCUAAAAUAUGUUCAAAUAGAAUGAUACGAGUAAAAUGUAUAUUAAAUACUAUUUGGAAUGUAGUCCUUCCUCGAACACUCAUCCCCAGAGGAGGGUUAGUGAAUUUAUAGUGAAAGGCUUACAUUCCCAAAUUUUUCACAGGUAUAUUCUAAAUAGCUAAAUUGUUUUAUUUUUUUACUCUUUUUUGUGUUUGUACUUAAUUUAAUUGAUAUAGAUAAUAAUGUAUCAAAUUUUUACUGUUAUUUCAACAAUAAAAAGAAAAAAUUUCAUUGGUAUGUUAUUAUUAGUAAUAAAACAAUUCUUAAAAUUAUUUUAUUAUUUUUAUACUUUAUCAAUAUUAUUGAAAGAUAUCAAAAUUUUUAAUAUUUUGUACCAUUCUAUUAUGAUUAAUAUGUUGAUUGCUGUUGUAUACAAAUAAAAAUGUAAUAAAAAUAAUUAAGACUAA